AUGGGUCCAUCUGUUGUGACGUUUCCUUCCAACAUGGAAAAACUUUCGAGUGAAUUCCAGAAGGUGUCUGGAAUCCCUGGUGUUGUUGGCUGCCUUGACGGCUCCUAUAUCAAAAUAAAAUUCCCAGACAACAAGGUCUCUUCCACCUACUGCAACCGGCACCAUUACCUUUCAAUAACCCUUCAAGCGGUUUGUGACCACAAAAGACGAUUUGUUGACACCUGCUUUGGAAGCUCCAGCAAAAUUCACGAUUCUCGAAUCUUCAAGCUGUCAUCACUUUCAAAGAAACUUCCCAAACUGUGCGAGGACAAUGCGUACCACCUGCUUGGAGACGCAGCCUAUCCCCUCAGGCCGUACCUUCUGACUGCAUUCAGAGACUAUGGAGCGUUGUCAAAGGCACAUAUGGAUUUCAACAAAAAGUUUGCAGCAACGAGGGUGCUAAUAGAAAACAGUUUUAGCAACCUAAAGAAAAGAUUCCGUCAACUAAUCUACCUUGAGGUCCGCACUGUAGAGUGGCUGAACAAAUUUAUUAUUGCCUGUUGCAUACUGCAUAACUUUUGCAUUGAGUGCGGAGAUUUGGAGCCAGAUGAACCAGAUGAUGAUGUAUCACCUCAGGAUGUCCGGUGGCAUCCACAGUCAUGCACCGAUGACCUGGAUGAUACUGCCGAAGAAACUUUGUUGCGCAGACUGGGAGAAAUAAAGAGGAGGAAGGUGCUGGAAGCGGUGCUGCAAAAGUAGUAGUGUUGUGCAACAACUAAUGAACUCAUGAAAAUGGAAGAUGUGUAAGGAGUGUAAUAAAUUGCUACAUUUGUUGUAA